AUGGUCGGGAAGCAUCAGCAGCAGGGUUUCGUUAAUCGCUCACCAUGGCCUAGAAUUCCACCUAGGUCAACGAAGCGACCGCGUAUCCAAAUCGUUUCGCCACAAACCGAUGAGGAUGCGGCUCGUACGCUUUGUGGUAGCAAGGAGCCAGACCCCGCUUUGCCUAUUCCAGUUGUGCAAGUCGUCUCUAGAGUGCCUAAAUUCUGGCUAUUCCUGUCAAGAUUCUCUCCACACGCCACUGUGGAGGAAAUCUCGAAACUGGUACAGCGGAAUCUCGACAUAGAUGAGCCUGUCGAAGUCAUAAAGUUACUCAAAAGGGGUGUUGAUCUCAAAAAGCUUUCAUUUGUAUCGUUCAAAGUGGGUUUGGGAUUGAAAUGGAAGGAAAAAGCAAUGCAACCAGCGAGCUGGCAAAAGGGAAUUUAUUUUCGAGAGUUCGUGGGUGUCGAUCGGGGAAGCAUAAUUGCUCGAGAUCAUCCGCCACAAAUUGAACCCUUUCAGUUUCACGGUUGUGUCUCCACGCCACUCGCAGCUCCUAACCGACCGACCGUUGCUUUGUAA